GUGCUGGAUGAAGCAGAUGAAAUGUUAAGCCGUGGGUUCAAGGACCAGAUCUAUGAUAUAUUUCAGAAGCUUAACAGUAACACACAGGUAGUUUUGUUGUCUGCUACAAUGCCUUCUGACGUCCUUGAGGUGACCAAGAAGUUCAUGAGAGACCCCGUUCGGAUUCUUGUCAAGAAGGAAGAGUUGACCCUGGAGGGUAUCCACCAGUUCUACAUCAAUGUGGAGCGAGAGGAGUGGAAGCUCGAUACGCUGUGUGACUUGUAUGAGACCCUGACUAUCACCCAGGCGGUGAUCUUCAUCAAUACCAGAAGGAAGGUGGACUGGCUGACGGAGAAGAUGCAUGCCCGGGAUUUCACUGUUUCUGCCAUGCAUGGAGAUAUAGAAAGGAACGAGAUGUGAUCA